AUUCCUUCCCCCUUUUUUAAAUACUGAAAUAUAUUGAUAAAAUCAUAUUGUUACAAAAUGUAAAUGUUCCUUAUGCACUCUUGAGUAGAGUAAACAAUUAUAUAGAUAUGUUUGCUUUUCUUUAUUGAAACUACUGGAAACCACCCAAAUUGUGAUGUAAAACCAAAGUGCAGCUGUUUUGCUGACAAGAAGGAACUUAAGUUCCACAUAUUUUGUUUGUAAAAAAAAAAAAAAACAGUCCUUUUCCUAGGCUAUGAAAAAUCCCUCAACAAGCCAAAAGUUAAAUAACAAAAUAAUACUUGCAAAAACUUUAUGCACUUGAUUCUUAUUUUUUGGGUAUAUUCCGUAUAACUAAUCUUUACAGAACCAGUUUUUUUUUUGUUUUUUUUUGUUAGGUAAAUUAAUUCCCUUCUUUAGGGAAAACAGAAAACAACCCCUAAAGUUCUGGUUAACAACUGUAGAGUGUGUGGACAUUACAAUGUUCCCUCUCCAGGCAACUGUGUUUUUCUUCCACUAAAACAGGAUUUUGUUUAAUGGAUCUGUGUUUGCCAGAGGAGUCUAAAAUGUGUUUCCUAUAACAGCCAAUGAAAAGGAAAGACUGAGGGCUCCAUCAAGUAAGAUUAAUACUGUUGGCCCUGAGGAAAAUGCAUUCAGGGAUACACUGUGCUUUCUUGUGCUAGCCUUUGUGGAUUUUUGUAAUUUUCCAUCAGAUUGCACUCCAAUAUUAUUUAUGAUGUUUUUUUUUUGUUUGUUUUUUUUUUGUAUUAUUCCUGGGUUGUUUACAGCCCUGUUAAUCAGUGCAAAAUCAGUUUAAUGAACAACCCUAAGGACUUGCAAAACACACUCUCUUCAAUGUAUGUUGUCAUAGCUCGCAAUGCAACAAAUAAUCAGGCCUCUCACAGCUUUCCCAACAAAACAAGAGAACUUGAGAAAGGGUGGAGCUCAAGGUCGAUCUACAGAGUAGAAAAUGAGCAAAGAGCUGAAACAAAAGACGCCCAAGGAACUUGAAAACCUUUCAUUAGGAGAGAUCCAAAUAUAAAGAGAACAACACUGAAAGGUGUGAGAGGUUCAGGGUGCGUGAAGCUCAGAUCAAGCACGAUUCAUGCCGUUGAGCUUCAUGUACAUCUGACCUACUGUCUUUCUCUGCAACCGAUCUGCCCGAAAAGGAACUGUGCAAAGUGGAUGUGCACAUCUGACACACUCGAGUCCCAACAUUUAGAGUGUGGUUAACACUAGCCCCCUUUCAAGCACGCAACCCUAACUAACUCGCAUCAGCACUUCUUAUAUGAGGUCUACCUAUGUCCCAGACGCAAACAAAAAUUCUGCGUAGCUAACUAAUGCAUGUGGUGAAAACCCCAGGACAGCUAAACACCUGAGAUCACAUCCUGUCUGUAAAGGAAAUGCACAAGUGAACAACAGUAUCAAAUUUUUUCUGAACAUGCACAUUUGAGUUGGGUUGGAAAACAUUGUUUCAUGAAGCAAAGCUCCUAAACUGAGAACUGACGGCCCAGUGUGGGCUGUAAUGAAGAUUUCUAUAAAACGGCUUUAAGAACAUGCCUCUUUCAAAUGUGCGCUAAAUAAAUCUGUCUUAAUGUGCAUUUAAUCACUUCUCUGUGGCCCCCAUCCUUUGAUCUCUGAGGCAAGUUUAAAAUUUACGCAGCAAAGAGGGGGUGUUGGGCUAGAGAUGAUGUGGCUUUGGAAAUCAGGGUUCAGCGUCAAGUAGAAAUAUGCAAAUUAGAGCAAUUUAAGAACCUGAAUGAUUUGGAGAGCAGCUUGAAGUUGACAGAAAUGGUCUAAGGGUGACUGUACUAAUUCCCCAUCUGGGAAGAGUGAACAGACUAGAAAAGGGGAGGGGGUUAUGGUUCCUGAGGCUACAUGAUGCCCUUCUUUACACAGCUCUUUGUUUUUACAUCCUCUCGCUGUCACAAGUUGCAAUAAAUAAAGCAUUGCCAAUCAGGAGAGAUAGCAUUGCCCGUAGAGCAAUAGAAAAAAAAAAAUAAACAAGUAACUCUGAAAGUGAGAAUUAAAAAAAAAAAAAAAGCAAAAAAAUAUAUAUAUAGAUGAUUUUACUUCAGACUGACAGAUUGGAUGCUUCACAAGGGCGGUUGUGCUCAAACUGUCAAGAGUUUGACGAGCGAAAGGGUAAUCCCUAAUUAUAUGAUGAAACCCCACGUAUUGGGGACACACACUGCCCCGAUGUCUUAUAGAUUAUAUGCAGCGUUUGUGAAGCUUGAACGUACAUGGGAGAGGACAAAGAGAGAGGAAGGCAUGGCGUGUGUGGCUAAAAUUAAACAUUUGACACAAACAAAAGGUAAAAUGCACAACAGGGAACAGUUUAAUUUUGCACGAAAAGAGGAAGAGCUUCACUCUUGUCCGAAAAGCUCUGAUGCAGCUAUGAUACUGAUACAGUUUUGAAUCUCAUACUUCUCUAUUUAAAAAUAGGGAUGUGUUUUAGGCCUGGACCUGUCUGAUGAGGGACAGUCUCUUCUUUGUUGUGUGUGUGUUUGUUUGUGUGUGUCGUGAAUUAGCUGCUCUCUGAAUUGAGGUUCCUCUCUAAAGACAAGAUGGUGAGAUGUUGCAAGACCCCAUCUCAUAUUUUACACCUUUGAACACACACGGCCUCCUUCUAGAUUACUCUUCUCCUUCACUUUUGGCUUGUCUCUUGUGACCUUUAAAAGAAAAAAAAUCUAAUCUACUUCCUACCCUUUUAUCCUCUUGCUUCUGUUGCAUACAUGCAGUGCACAGGAAAUCACUGCUAAAAUGUGUGAGACUCCCUGUCUCUGUCUCUCCAGAUUUUGCUCUCUCGACUUCUGAAGUAGAGCAGUAAGCGCUGAGAAGGUGUCCAGAUGAGUGGAGCAGAGGUCACACUCAGAGCUCUGCUGCUGACAAAAGCUGUCAACCCUUCUUUUGAUGACAUCUAGAGAUACAAACAUGUUGCGAUAGCUUUGAGGACCUGAAUGCAUUUCUUCUGUGGGUGACACACAUAACGGCUCCUGAGACGUGACUGUAGGACAAGCAGCCCCCGUCCCCCUCCCUCCCACAACUGCUUUACUGUCCUUUCCAAAAAGGCAGUAAUUGAUUCCCUUGAGGCUCUGCUCAACUCCACAGUUUGAAUGAAUCUUUGCUGCAAAGCUACUGGGCUCUGCCCCCUUCCCACCAAGAUGAGCAUAUACGAUCGAUACUAUGAAAAGGAUCUGAUCAUAAAAUACUAUGCCUGUGCUAAGAACGAGACAGUGGCGAACACAACGAAACUCUAUCAAGGUAAAAAACAGCUCGGUGAACUUAAUCUUGUCCUCGUGGUCCUCUGCAUCAUCAUCAUCCUCGAGAAUCUUUUGGUCUUACUUUCUGUCUUCCGCAACAAGAAGUUCCACUCAGCCAUGUUCUUCUUCAUCGGCAACCUGGCGUUCUCUGACCUGCUGGCUGGCUCUGCCUACAUAGCCAAUAUAUUGCUGUCAGGGCCAAUGACCCUAGAACUCACCCCUGUGCAGUGGUUCAUCAGAGAAGGCACAGCCUUCAUCGCCCUGGCUGCUUCUGUCUUCAGCUUGCUGGCGAUAGCUAUAGAGCGCUUUAUUGCGAUCACCAAAGUCAAAGUGUACGGCUCCACCAAAACGUGCCGCAUGUUUCUGUUGAUAGGAGCCUGUUGGGUCACCUCGAUUCUGCUCGGAGGGCUUCCCAUCUUGGGAUGGAACUGCAUCGACAACUUCCCUGAGUGCUCAGUCGUGCUGCCGCUCUACUCCAAGAGAUACAUACUAUUUGUUGUUUCCAUUUUUACCCUCAUACUGCUCUCCAUUGUGAUCCUUUAUGUGAAGAUCUAUUUGAUCGUUCGCUCCAGCCAACAGGAAGCAACUAACUCCCAAGCAUAUUCGCUUUUGAAAACAGUCACAAUUGUGCUGGGUGUCUUCAUCAUGUGCUGGCUGCCAGUUUUUAUCUUGCUGCUCCUGGAUUCGUUCUGCAACAUCCAUGACUGCCCUGUGCUCCGCAAACCAGAUAUGUUUUUUGGCUUUGCCACUCUGAACUCUGCGCUUAACCCAAUGAUCUACGUGCUGCGCAGCAAAGACAUGAGGAGGGAGUUCCUGCGUGUGCUGUGCUGCUGGGGUGUGCUGCAGAGCGGCCGGCCGACGGAACGCUGCCUGGUCCAGCUGAAGAGCUCCAGCUCUCUGGAACAUUGCACCAACAAAUUCGAACACCAGACCACACCCAUCAUGCAAACGUGUACCACCUGUGUCUGACUUGAGGGCUUUGUGUGUGCACGAAACAGAGGGACGUGAUGAUGAGGUGGACAGAUGUUAGCAGAGAAGCCAGCAUGUGCUGGGACUGGACUUCUGGACCGGUUGGGACCCAGCUGUAUGUUGGGACACAUUACAUGACGCAGAGUGCUUUUCACAUAAAACUGUGUGAACUUGUUCAAUGUUCAGCUGUGAAACAGGUGUUAAAACAUUAUUAGAGGCAACCAAUUCAACAUAUGAAAAAGAAAAAAAGUUGAGAAAUGUGAAAAAAGCUUUGCAGCUAGGUACAUUUAUCAGUGGAUAUGGAGCAAACCAUUUUUAUAUAUUUUUUUUUGUCUUUAAACUUGCAAAUGUGUAUCAAAAACCAAAAUCAGGAUGCGUAACAUCCUAGUUAGAUUGAGCUGUGUCAAUGCAAAGCUUGCAAAAGUUGUACUUUUGACAGUUAGCAUGCAGAUGGACCUGUGUAACCUUUGACUGCAUCACUCUUCUUUGUAGAGAGACAGGUAGAAAUCCACCACAUCUUUCUAUAAAAGAGGAAGAAAUUUGCAACAAUGAGCACUCCACGUAACCCAGACCACACUGAGUGAUUUUUCAGCAAAAAACAACUAAAUAUUCCCUAUAUAGCCUUGCUUAACCAAAUUGAAUAACCACAACAAAAGUACAUAAUCUGCUUUAUUUAGUGCAUGAUGAAAAUGUAAGGCAUUUUUGUAAGUGUAAUGUUUUUAUUAUAUACUCCAGCUUCCACCACUAACACUUCUUCUCCCAUGUUCCCUCUCAAACUGUGUAUCUCUUGCUUUUUGUAGUUGUCUUCUAAAUCCUAAUUGUUUCCACUGAGGAAGGCCAAACCAGAAAGCACAUCAGGUUAUUUGGCGCUGAUGAAUUUCACUCGUUAACAGCUCUCAGACUGAUUUUUGCCCUGACAGUGUUGUGGCCAUAUAGCAGCCGUGUACCAAUUUCUGCUUGUGCCUUCCUCUGAGAGAGAGAAAAAAGGCUGAAUGUAUGAAUGAAGUGUCGGAGCGCGCGCCCUCCGUUCUAGACAGUAUUAUAGAUCAGGUUUUUGAAAUGCCAAGUCACUGAUGAGCAGAGAGUGGCAUGAACAGAGUAGAUCACCCUCACUGUGAACUCGUCUUGCACCAAGAACAAGAAAUUAAUUAAUAGUUUAUUUUGCUAGCCAUAAUGCUUUGCGCGACUAAAAGCGUAAACAACCACUCGUCUUUCCAAAGACCCCACCCGACCCCUCACCGCCUCUGUAGGAUGGGAGAAGGUCCGGUUUCAAAACGCACAGGAGGGAUCUGCCCUCCUGGGAGAAAUGCUUCUUCAUUCUCUGACAUAAAACAUGCAACUUCCUCCAGAUCUAGGAAGUCCUGUUUUCAACUGUCCUUUUCCUGUUGUUCAGGGUUACACUAACCUUCCUGUAGACAGACAUUGAAAACUUUUCCUCUCCGUUAGUAUUUUUAUUUUUUUUUAAGAGUAACAUUUGCAUUUAGACAGCCAAGUAGAAAUGGUGAAAAGCACUUUGGCAGCUUCAGUGAUGUUUAAAUUUCCCCUGUUUUUUUUUUUACCCCUUUUGGAUGGAACAGUGUUUUAAUCUGUAUGAUUUUCAGUGUAUGUCGAUGUUUUUGUUUGACAAAUAUUAUAAAUAGCAAUGUGUAAUUAUGUUGUAUCUUUGUACAGUAUGUAUGAUUUUCUGUGUGGUAUGAAAUGUCUUGUGUGCAAUAGCUUUGUGUGUUCUGUAGCACGCUGCCUGUGUUAAAUUGGUACAAUCCUAAACACUAAUGGAGGUACUUAAACCUUUUGUUAAAUGCAUUCCAGUUUUAUCAAAUAAAUGACAUACCGAAA